AUGGGGAAACGCAGUCAUCAUGUCGAGCCAACGGAGCUGCAACCAAAGAAGAAAUCCAAGGCUGAUAAGCAAUCCAAGGACAAAAAGGUUGUGGAGGAGACUGGGACUUCGGGUUCCGAAAAGAUCACCUAUACCCAGGCUUCCGCUCUCAGUGAUCUCCCGCAGUCCCAGAUUGAUCAGUACCUCCAGGAAAAGAUCAUCAAGGUCACCGAUGCCUCGAGCGAUGGCCUUAGCCUCCGCCCUAUCAUUCAAUUCGACUAUCUACCUCCCUGUGAUGGCGGGCUGUACGACUCAUUGAAGUCAUUCCCUGCCCCGACCCCUAUUCAAGCCGCCACAUGGCCACUGCUGUUCGCCAACCGUGAUGUGAUUGGUAUCGCAGAAACCGGCAGCGGUAAGACCUUGGCGUUUGGCUUGCCCUGUCUAAAGAAAAUGAUAGACUCCAAACGCAGUAAAAAGCCUUGCCACCCUACUGCAGUGAUUAUUUCCCCUACGCGCGAGCUUGCAAUGCAAAUUCAUGACCAGCUCAUCAAAUUUGCCCGCGUGGCGAAGGUCGGUGUAACGUGUAUCUUUGGAGGAGUUGGAAAGGACGAGCAACGCGAAGCCCUCAAGACGGCUGCGAUCGUGGUUGCCACUCCCGGCCGCUUGAAGGAUCUUCAGAACGAUGGAUCCGUCAAUCUCGGGAAAGUGAAGUAUCUUGUUUUGGACGAGGCUGAUCGUAUGCUGGACAAGGGAUUUGAGCAAGAUAUUAAGGAAAUCAUUCAACCCAUGCCAGUCUCCAAAAGGCAAACAGUUAUGUUUACGGCAACCUGGCCUCGAUCUGUUCGGGAUCUGGCUGCAAGCUUCAUGAGUUCCCCGGUGACCGUCACCAUUGGUGGAGAUCCUUCUGCGGACCCACGGGCGAACACGAGGAUCAAACAAGUUGUCGAGGUGAUGGACGGACGGGAUAAAGAGAACCGACUGAUUCAGCUCCUCAACCGUUCCCAGCGAGGAUCCCCGAACCCUGAGAAGGUCCUGGUGUUUUGCCUAUACAAGAAAGAAGCAAUGAGGGUGGAAAGACUCAUCAGCUCUAAGGGAUUCAGGGUCGCCGGCAUCCAUGGUGAUCUGAACCAAUCUGACCGGUUCCGGAACCUUGAGGCGUUCAAAACUGGCACUGCUACUGUUUUGGUCGCAACCGAUGUCGCAGCGCGAGGCUUGGAUAUUCCUGCCGUGAUGUUGGUCAUCAAUGUCACCUUCCCUCUCACAGUAGAAGACUACGUGCACCGAAUUGGGCGAACUGGUCGUGCCGGGGCUGAGGGCCACGCCAUCACAUUGUUUACUGAGCAGGAUAAGGCUCUGUCAGGCGGAUUGAUCAAUGUGCUUAAAGCCGCCAAGCAAGAAGUUCCAGAGUCUUUGUUGAAGUUUGGCACUACCGUCAAGAAGAAGCAGCAUGGCGCAUAUGGCGCAUUUUUCAAGGAUGUCGACACAGAUAAGAAGGCGACCAAGAUUACAUUCGACGAUUGA